UGCGCGCAGGGUGACGGGGGCCAAGGCGGAAGGGUCGCUGGGGAGGCAGGGGGGGCUGGCUGGACCCGUUGGUUAAGUCUGGGUUUGUCCGGUGGUUGAAGUCAUCUUCUGACGGCUGGGCUCUGCCUACCGGGAUAACGCCAUGCCUGAGCCGGACUCCUCCUCCAGCCCUCCCAAACGCUUCCCGGAUGAAUUCCUUCGACAUUUAAACCUAACAGCGUUUAGAAUUGAAGCAGCAGCAGCAGCAUCCCUACGGAGUGUAGGAGGGGAACUAACAAAACAACAUCGCGUGUGCGUGCAGCAUCUGCCGGCCUGACUGAGGAGCAGAAGGAAUUCCAAAAAGUUGCCCUUGAUUUUGCUACCAAGGAGAUGGCUCCUCACAUGGCAGAGUGGGAUGAAAAGGAAAUAUUCCCAGUGGAAACAAUGCGGAAGGCAGCCCAGCUAGGAUUCGGUGGAAUCUAUGUGAAACCAGACGUCGGUGGCUCUGGCUUGUCACGACUUGAUACCUCCGUAAUCUUUGAAGCUUUAUCGACAGGAUGUACCAGCACCACUGCUUAUAUGAGCAUCCACAACAUGUGUGUUUGGAUGAUCGACACCUUUGGCAAUGAGGAACAGAGGCGCAGGUUCUGCCCAUCGCUCUGUAGCAUGGAAAAGUUUGCUUCUUACUGCCUGACUGAGCCAGGAAGCGGAAGUGAUGCAGCUUCCCUGCUGACCUCAGCUCAGAGGAAAGGGGACACCUACGUUCUGAAUGGCUCCAAGGCCUUUAUCAGUGGGGGAGGUGACACUGACGUUUACGUGGUCAUGUGUCGCACAGGAGGCCCAGGCCCCAAGGGCAUCUCCUGCCUGGUGUUGGAGAAGGGCACACCUGGGCUCAGCUUUGGAAAGAAAGAGAAGAAGGUGGGCUGGAAUUCCCAGCCGACUCGGGCUGUGAUCUUCGAGGACUGUGUUGUUCCUGUUGGCAACAGGCUGGGAACUGAAGGGCAGGGCUUCAGCAUUGCCAUGAAGGGACUGAAUGGAGGCAGGAUAAACAUUGCUUCUUGUUCGCUAGGAGCUGCUCAUGCCUCUGUUCUUCUGGCUCAGGAACAUCUCACUGUCCGCAAACAGUUUGGGGAACCCCUAGCAAACAAUCAGUACCUGCAGUUCAGGCUGGCGGAGAUGGCGACGCGCCUGGUGGCAGCACGGCUCAUGGUUCGCAAUGCAGCGCGGGCACUGCAGGAGGGCCGGGAGGACGCGGCCGUGCUGUGCUCCAUGGCCAAGCUCUUUGCUACGGACGAAUGCUUUGCGAUCUGUAACCAGGCUCUACAGAUGCAUGGGGGCUACGGCUACCUGAAGGAUUAUGCUGUGCAGCAGUUUGUGCGAGACAUCAGAGUCCACCAGAUCCUGGAAGGUACCAAUGAGGUGAUGCGGAUGAUUGUGGCCAGGAACCUGCUACAGGGCUGAAGCCAGGAGCUGAUCUCCAGCCUUAAAUUACUUUGUCUGUUACAGCUUGAUCUGUUUCUCUCCCCUGUUCACCAACUCUCUGCCCGGGAGUGGAGAGGGGGAUACUUCUGUGGAAACAGUCUUUCUGCCUUAUAUUAAUGGGGAGCACAGCUGGAUGCCACCCACAUGCUGCCACAGCUGCACUCUGUGCCUGGCAGAGCUGCUGUUACUGGGCCAGUAUUGUGCAGCCUGAAGACAGAAAUCACAGUUGUGAAUACGAGCCUCUUGUCUCCAAAUCUUAAGGAUGGGUGCCAAGCAGCCCGUGGGCUUUGGAAAGAGAAACACUAAACCUGUUGGUCAUCUCUGCUGAGUCAGGACUGAAAUGGGAACUGCAGGCAGAGGUGCAGCCUGAUGCCAUAGGACUCUUCCUCUAUCAGUGAAAUCUUUAGGUCAAGGGAACUAGUUGCUCUGCUUAGAAACCUGUCCUCCUGGGUGCUGUCUGCACCCCUGGAACAAGUGAGCCCCAAGCACUGCAGUUCUGACCACUUGCAGAGUGCAAUAGCUGAUUACCUGAGGAGUAGGAUGCCUCUCGUUUACCUAGAACCACUCUUUUUUUCUCUUUUCCCAGCACACCUUUUCUAAAGUACCGACUGCUUGUUGUUCUCCCUAUUCCCACCCCACACUGCUGCUCGAUCUCAAAGAAGCCUUUGCAGUACAGAGGUACAAAUCAAGAGCUAAGGUCCUGCACAGAAACAUAUAACUGUUGCCUCCAAUCGGCACUCCCUGCUGUGUACAAUGUAGGGGGAAUAAAAACCUCGGUAAAGUCAACUCUUUCCCCCCGCCUCAGAUUUGGAAUCAAUAAAGCCAUGACGGCAACUUC